AUGGGCCAGAUUAUGGUAGAUUAUUUUGGAAGGCUUUUCAAGUCUGACCAGGGAGAAAUGCAUGAGGUAAUUGAGUGUAUUACUCCAAAGGUAUCUUCGGAGGAUAAUGCCAAGUUGUUACGGCCUCUCAGUUCGGAAGAAGUCCGCUUAGCAGUUUUUCAGAUGCAUCCCGACAAGUCUCCGGGUCCGGAUGGGAUGGGGCCGGGAUUUUUCCAACAUUUUUGGAAUAUUAUUGGCGGUGAGGUAACUAAUUUCUGCAGGCACUUUCUGGAGACUAAUAGUCUUCCGGCUAAAGCUAAUGAUACGUAUAUAGUCCUUAUUCCAAAAAAGGCUACUCCCGAAACAAUGAAGGAUCUGCGACCAAUCACAUUAUGCAAUGUGUUGUAUAAGAUUGCGGCGAAAGUGUGUGCGAACAGGUUUAAAAUUUUGCUGGAUGACCUAAUCUCUAGUGCUCAGAGUGCUUUCAUGCCGGGACGCCUCAUUACUGAUAAUAUAAUGCUCGCUUAUGAGAUUCAUCAUUUCUUAAAGCGUAAAACACAGGGUAAGGAAGGGGUGGCCGCACUGAAGGUGGACAUGAGCAAAGCCUAUGAUCUAGUUGAGUGGUAUUUUCUUGAGGCAGUAUUGUUGAAGAUGGGAUUUGUACGCCGAUGGGUGGAUAUAUUGUUGGAAACGGUCAGGUCUGUUAAGUAUCAUAUUCUGCACGAUCAACAACAGCUAGGGCCGAUUGUUCCUGAGCGAGGUUUGCGCCAAGGUGACCCUCUAUCGCCAUAUUUGUUCUUAAUUGUGGCGGAGGGGCUGAGUGCUUUGAUUGACAAGCGAAUGUGGCAGAAUACGUUGCAUGGGGUUAGUGUAGCGCGUGGGGCUCCACCGGUUAGUCAUCUUCUUUUUGCGGAUGAUUGUUUCCUAUUUUUACGUGCCAACACUUACGAAGCUGCAAAAAUGAGGUUAGUUCUGGAUAUGUACUCAUCAGCUUCUGGUCAGAUGAUUAAUUAUGAUAAAUCCACUGUCUGCUUUAGUUCCAAUGUGCAACAACAUGUUAGGAAUGAGGUCGUGAAUAUUCUGGAAGUGCCAGAGGGUAAUACCACAGGGAAAUGCUUGGGCCUACCUUCGCUUGUAGGAUGGAGGAAGAAAGAAAUAUUAGGUUUCCUUAAGGACCGGAUCCUCACGAAGGUCCGGAGUUGGAAUUCCAAGUUCCUUUCUCGUGCAGGCCGUGAAGUCCUGUUAAAAAAUGUUAUACAAGCCAUGCCAAGUUAUGCGAUGAUGGUUUUCUUGCUACCAAUGGGUUUAUGCAAAGAAAUUGAAACUCUUAUGAAUGAAUAUUGGUGGACUGGUUCAGUAGGCAAUGGCAAAGGCGUGAGAUGGAGGUCGUGGAAUGGGCUGGCUGUACCAAAAGCAAUGGGUGGUAUGGGGUUUCGAAGGCUUCGGGAGAUGAAUAUGGCAUUAUUGGGAAAACAGGCAUGGAGGCUAAUUAAAAAUCCCAAUUCCCUUGUUACUAGAGUGUAUAAGGCACGUUACUACCCGAGUGGCUCUUACUUUGAAGCAAAAAAAGGUAGCAACCCUUCGUUCAUCUGGAGAGGUCUGUUAGAGGUUCAGAAUAUUAUCAAAGAUGGUUGCCGGCGAUGUGUUGGGACUGGGAUUGAAACGGUUAUAGGGAAAGAUCCAUGGCUCCCAGAUGAUGAAGUUCCUUAUGUGCAGACCGUGUUUCAUGAUAAUGUUUACAAUUCGAAGGUGGCCUCCUUAUUAAAUGACAUUGGUACGUCCUGGGAUAUUGAUUGCGUUAAAGAUAUUUUUGACGAAAGAGAUGUUAAUAUGAUUUUAAAAAUCCCAAUAAGUGUUCGUAAGCCACCGGACCAAUGGGUUUGGCACUGGGAUCCUAAAGGAGAUUUCAGUGUCAAGUCUUGUUAUAAAAGACUUACAUUUUGUGCAAAUGAUGAUCGACCUUGGGCUUCUAUUUGGAAUCUCCAUGUUCCACCUAAGGUCAAAUCAUUCUGUUGGCAGUUAGCUUCGGCUUGCUUGCCUACCCGGGAUGCUCUAGCUGCACGGCGCGUUAACUGCUCCUUAUUAUGUCAUAUGUGUAGGGAUGAGGAGAGUAGUGGUGCUGCUGUUCGUUGGCGUAAACCAUCAAAUGGAAGAGUUAAAUUAAAUACUGAUGCGUCCAUUGAUGAGGCCAAUAAUGUGAUGGGGUUUGGCUGGGUGAUGAGAGACGAUGAUGGUCGGUUUCUAGCAUCCAAGAAUGAAAGUAUGAAUGGUGUGUUUACUAUCAAAGAAGCUGAGGCUAUGUGCAUGAGGGAGGCGUUAAGCUGGCUUAAGGAUACGGGUUUGGGAAGGGUUGAUGUUGAGACGGAUUCCCAACUCUUGCUCAAUGCGAUUAAGGGACCCUCUUUUUAUUCUGCUUUUGGUUUACUUGUGUCUGACAUUAAAGAAUUGACAUCUAUGAUUCAUGAUGUCGAAUUUAGUUUUGUUAAACGAUCUGCGAAUCGUGCCGCCCACGUUGUUGCUAGGGAGGCCUUUUCUGUGUCAGGUUGUGAUGAGUGGUUUGAUACCCCUCCUUUGUUUCUUGUUGACAUUCUUGUUGAUGAUUCAAUGAAUUAA